GUGAAUCGUAUGGCGGGCAAAUAAACGUCAACAAACGCUUAGGAGCUGCUUAUCUGAACUUUUAGUGGGUAUUUGAACUUUGGCUGGUUCUGAAUUGGUUCGACUGGUUCCGGGUUGUGUUCAGCAGGAUGGUGGAAGGUCCAGGCUGCACGUUAAACGGAGAGAAGAUCCGCUCGAAGGUCCGGACGGGUCAGAAAGUGAAGGAAGUCAGGGGCACUUUGGCUGCGUCAGCUAGAAACGGCACAGAGACGAAUGUCUUCCACAGUUUCUCUGGAUGUCAGUACACAGGUGUGGAAACUCUUGGGAAGGAGCUCUUCAUGUACUUCGGCUUAAGAGCCUUGAGAAUCCACUUCGGCAUGAAUGGAUCGAUGCGUAUAAAUCCGGCUCAGAGGAAGGUUGUAGAGGGCUCUGCAGCAGCGCUAGAAAUACGCCUUAGCGACGACACUGUGGCCUUCUAUGACAGCGCAGUGGAAAUAAGGUUGACGGAGGAUUGCGAGCAGAAGGUCAGGGCCAUGGAGAGUCUGGAUGUGUGCUCCUCCAGGUUCUGCUGCUCCCGCUCCGAAGAGGCGGUGAGGAGCCAGGGUAGCAGGAUGCUCUGCGACGUUCUCCUAGACCAAGCCGUCAUGCCGGGAGUCGGCAACAUCAUUAAAAACGAAGCCCUGUUUGACUCGGGCCUCCACCCAGCCGUGAAGGUUCAACAGUUGACACACGUUCAAACCCAGCAUUUAGUGAAGAUGACUCGUGAUUUUACUCUUUUGUUUUACAAGUGUCGCAAAUCUGGCUCUCCUCUCUACAAACAUUACAAAGUCUACAAGCGUCCCCAUUGUGGCCAGUGCUCCCAUGUCAUUACAGUCUGUCGUCUCGGAGACAACGGCAGGAUGACGUACUUCUGUGAGCGCUGUCAGAAGGGAGAUCCCACCGGGGUGGACGUCAGUGCGCUCCCAGUUAGAAACAGCCUCAUCGGUUGGGCGCUUCACGACAGAACCAGGAAUGAUGUGGCUAAGAAGGAGGAAGAGGACUGGGCUUGUCAACUCUGUACGCUCAUCAACCAGCCAGAAGCCAGAGCCUGUGAUGCCUGCCUCACUCCAAAACCUGAGGUUCACAAAGACGACAUUAGCACUGAAGCAUCGCCCUUCACUGCUGAUUUAAUUAAAUACCCCUGCAACGCCUUCAGGAAGCCGCGAGAGGAGCUCAAAGUCAACUGGAGGUCUGCGUUCGGGACUUCCACCCUCGUUUUCUCCGACAUGACUGAGAAGCCAAAGCCCGUAAAGUCCCCGCUCUCCCCAGCCGGCAGUCAUUUGAAUUCCUUGGCGGCAGAACGAGGUUUGUAUAAAAACAGCUUCUGCCAAGGGACAACAAGCGCCAAUUAUGCCUCUGGUGGCUGGCAGAAGCAAAGUGCAGAGCUCUCCAAGGGGGAAUCACUGGCCUCCUACACUCACCCUUCCAAGAAAAUGAGAAUUGAUCACAGCCCCCUUCCCAGUAACAAAGCUCAAAAUGGAACCCCCAACUCAGGUGUGUGCAGAACAGAGGCGGCAAACACUGCAGCCUCCAUUCCUCCCAGUCCCCCUUGUUGCUCAUCCCAUCGUCGUCCCUCCGUCCUCAGAGUGGUCCACAAGGAGGGUGAGAAUAAAGGACGACGGUUUUAUUCCUGCUCCCUGCCAAGAGAGAACAAGUGCAACUUCUUUCAGUGGGCUGAUUUGCACUUUCCUUUUUGUCACCAUGGGAAACGCUGUUUAAUGAGGACGGUUCUGAAGCUGGGUCCAAACAAUGGCAGGAAUUUCUACACCUGCAGCUUUCAAAAGGGUAAACAAUGCGACUUUUUCCAGUGGGCCGAGGACAGACCAGGACUUUCCAUGGCUGCUAACUCAUCAAAGCCCCACAGGUGCAUCUCAAUACAUUAGAACAAUCAUAGAAAAUCUCUAUUUCAGUCCCUGAAAUCAAAAUGUGAAACUAAGAUGUUACAUACACAUAAGGCGAUAUAUUUCUGGUUAUUUACAGUUUUUGAAAAUGUAAAAAAAGAGACUCCAGGAACUCUGAAUCUCCAGACUGAAAUGCAAAACUUACUUUGUUCUACAUGAAAGACCUUGAAACCAGUUCAGUCUUUCAGAUGUAAUGAUGUCUCUGGUUCUUAACACACUUCAGUUCUUGCUCAUGUCAUGGAUUUGUCUGUGUGACUUCAGUCACAGUCAGUGUUUUCUGAAAGUCUUUAAAGACCUGAAAUCUUUCCCUAUUGAUUGCAAACCUUCUGCUAACAAACCUUUUCCUUCCCCUAAACUUUCAAUUUCAUUAGUAUGGUUGAAUCCUGAAGUCCUGACAUUCAUCUUCUUUAGGAGCAACAUUUUGUUGGUUGCCCUCCUUGUGCAGAGUGUUGGUGACUUCUCUGUUAGUAAUUCUUAACAAAAAAUAUAAUAUUACUUUUACUUGUUUGAUGCAAUACUGAAAUAUACAUGCAUAUAAAAACAAGUUGAAACAUUUUGAAUGAAUCUAUAAUAAUUAGUUUCUUUGUGGUGUGAAUUUGAAAUUAAUAAAAUGUUUGAUGAUGA